UGUAUUUACCAAUUACCAUAGAGUACAUUAUAUUUAGGAUUUACUAUUUCAUCUGAGUCUAAUUUCUGUAAUUUAAAUGUUUUGUAAGUUUAUUGUUAAAUUCAAACAAUCUUUAACUAAUAUAUAACAAAUAUACAUAAUAAAAAGUAACUAAGAUGCCCGUCAAACUUGUUCGUACCGAUGUUGAUACCCUAAAAAAGAUUACACUAACUCCUGGAAGUCACAUUAUAGGAAGAGGAGAACUUUUAGAAGUGUUUGAUAAGCGGGUGUCCAGAAAGCAUGCAAAGAUUGAAGUGAACAAUGAUUCUAUUGUUGUUAAUGCUCUCCACCACAAUCCUGUAUUCUAUACCAAAAGAGGUUCCAGUAAAUCGGAAGCAUUAGCUUUAAAUUCUAUGGUAGUGUUGUCUAAUGGUGACAAAAUUGGGUUGUUACCCAGAACAUACUGGUUUGAAAUAAUUGUUGUGGAUGAAAAAAAUUCUUCAGAACAAACAAAUAAUAUUAAAGAAAAUAAAAAUGAAGAUGUAACAAAAACAUCGGAAGAAACAUUGAGUAUUAUAUCAUCUCAUGAUGACAACAUUCAGCAAGCUGAAAGAUUCCAAGAACCAAAUACUGAGCAAUUGGACAGCACACAAGAACCUAACUUGACUGCAUCACCAGGAAAACGAAGACGAAGUGCCUCAGAGGAUACUUUAAAUUUUGAUUCAGAAAGUCAAAACAGUGAGUCUGAUCCUAUAAAGAAGAUCAAAUUGGAGCCACCUGACAGCAGUUAUGGAAAUGCUCAGCAGGGGAUAAGUGAUGCUAACACGGCUUCCAGUUCAAGUGUUCAUCAAGGCAAUCCCGCAAGUGUUAGAGAAAGGUGUUACUAUGGGGCAAGAUGUUACAGACGCAAUCCAGUUCACUUGGUACAAUACAGUCAUCCGAGGGAUUCUGAUUGGGGAACAAGUGAUAGGGGUGUAUGCCCUAAUGGAGCGUACUGCACAAAGAAUGAUCCAAGGCAUUGGGAUACUCAUACCCAUCCACCAGGGACCACACGGCUACCGCAGCUACAAGGUAAACCUAAGACCAAAAAGAAAAAAAAACAGAUAGAAGAUACAACCGAUGAAUCUGAUCAAGAUUUGAAUGGAUUAAAUAUAAGAGCUCGUCGGAGAAACAGAGGAGGUAGUGUAUCUGAUCCAUAUGGAUCAGAUUUUGAUCUUGAUUGUUCAGGGUCAGAGCCAGACCCCUAUGGGUCAGAUGAAUCAGAUGAAUGGCAUCCACUAGAUGGUAAAUAAAAGCUGUUAUAAUAAUGUCUCAUCUUUUUUUUAUUUCUUGGGCCUAGUCAUCAUUUUUAUUGUCACUAAUGUAUAAUUUCUAGACAUUACUCUUUAAGAUUGUAACUAAUAUAAUAUCAACAAAAUGCUAUAACUAAAUCGUGAUAUCUACUUAUUCUUGAUAUGUUCUGUUAAGUGAUCACUCAAGAUUUAAGUUUUAUACUAAGUUCUUUAAAACAAUAAAUUGUUAUACUUA